UUUUAACCUUUUUUUCCCCUGCCUUCUUUAGUUAUGCUCCUUGGUGUCCAGCUUGUCAACAGAUUGAAUUGAUAUGGGAGAGUUUUGCAAAAGAAAGUGAGCAGAUGGAUAUCACUGUGGGGAAGGUGGAUGUCACUCAAGAGCCAGGAUUGAGUGGUCGUUUCUUUAUCACAACACUUCCUACAAUUUACCAUGCCAAUGAUGGAGUAUUUCGCAGAUACCGAGGCUCACGGACGUUGGAAGAUCUUCAAAGUUAUGUUCUAGAGAAAAAAUGGGAAGCUGUGGAGCCUGUAGCAGGAUGGAAGUCUCCAUCUUCUAUAAUGAUGCAUGGUAUGGCAGGACUAUUUCAUCUCUCUGGGUGCAUCAGGCAAAUUCAUAGCUACCUCACUGACACUCUUGGAAUUCACGUUUGGAUUUCUUACGCAAUCUUCAUCUUGGCUACCUUACUGAUUGGCCUGAUCCUGGGUUUGAUGCUGGUUUUGAUUUCAGACUGCCUUUGUCCAUCAAAGUCAAGUUACAGAAAUGAAACAUCUGUAAUUACAAAGGAGAAUGUGGAGAAUGCAGAGAAUGCAGUGUUAGAAGAACCGGAGGAGGCCACAGAGCUUUCUGCAGAUGAUGCAGAAGAGGCUGCAGAGGUAAAAGACCUCUCAGAAGAAGAUGCACCAAAUUCAAGCGUUGAUGACUCUGAAGAGGACUUGGCACUUGGAAAAGAAUCAGGUGAAGAAGAAGAAAUGGAAGACUUGAAUGAGCAGCCUUUAGCUGAUUCAGAGACUGAAAGCUCAGUAAGACAGCGUCGAAGUCAGGUGGCUGAUCAUGGAUUGUAGUUUUUGGGGCGUAUUUUAUACACUUGGACCAAAGAAGUAUCAGACUCUGGGUCUGAAGCGGAAGCUUACACUUGAUUUAUCACUUGUGUUUACGGAAAAUCUCUGCUGUUUCAGCAGGCUUUUCUUUUUCUUUUAAACUAGUAAUUAUUCACUGAGUUUGUUUUAUAAGCAUAAAUGCUGUGUAUUGUAUAACUUCAGCCAUGACAAUCAAAGUGAGUGUUAUGACGUUUUUGAAGACUUUUAAGGGAAAAGGGGGUGUGAUGGAGUCUCAGCACUGACCUAAAUAAGGCAAAGACUUUGAAUUCUUAAAUAGCUUGGCAGGCCUGUGACUUUUCUGUCUGAAUGUUAAUUUUUUCCAAAAGCCACACAAGCACCAGAUCAGCGAUAGAGCAGUGGAAGAAGUCUUACUAGUCCUCUGUUUAAAGACAUUGUAUACAGCAGAUUUAUUUUUAUUGCUUUCAACUGCAGCACCUUUCUGUCUUUCUUAAUGUUUGUUGUGGAAUUAUAUCAUGCAGUGUGCUUUGCUUUGUGCCCUGGUUUUUGUAGCCCCAAAUUUUUCAGACUAUGGUAAUUCAGAGGCUUGCUGCACAGCUUAGGCUUGUCAGCUGUUUUGGGUUUUUUUUUGACCCAAGAAGUUUGAGUGAUCAAAAGCUUCAGGCCCAUGAAGAAUGACAGCUAGAUGCUAAAUGUAUCUUUUAAAAUUAAGAGAUUUAAAAGAAAUUAUUUUGGUCAGGGAAAACUUCUGCCAAAGCAUGACUCUUUUUUUUGGAGAUUGUAGCAAGAAGUACUCAUUUGGCAGCCAUAGGGUUGUGUAUUUCCUCCCAAUGCAGGCUUGACACCUGCAGUGCAGUUCUGCUGUUUCGAAUUCAGGAUGGUUUUGGCAGAGCUCAUACUGCUGUAGUAGUAUUAUUUGAGGGGGCACUUAAGGGUUCGCUUUGUCACUUUUCUACUUUGUUACUAGAUUCAGGACAUACGGAAGAGGGAUAGGCAGGGGUGAAAAGCAAGGAGAAGCUUUUGGUUUUGCUACUUUCAUCAAGGUAAAUAUGUAUCAAACUGUAUAAAGUCAAAAUGCCUUGCUAUGUAGACAGCAUUAGGUAUGAAACCCAAACUAAUUCAUUAAUGAUAGUGUAUUUUUCUCCUUUGGUUGACUUGGUUAAUGGCUUUUUAGGUAAAGAAUAUUUAUAGUGAGAUCGUGAAUGUCCCUAAUUUGAGGUAUGAUCACAUGUGCAUAAGGUAUAUCUUAAGAUUAACUUUUUUAUAUUGCAUAAAACUUGCUAAUGUGCAUGAAUUUCAUCUAGAAUAAAGUGUAAUCAGAUGAAAUUAUUUCUCUUACUAGAAGAGAAGUUGCAAGUGCAAAAUACUAGUUUCCUUUGAGACUGAUAUUAUUAGGGCCAAUUUGUCUUGAAAUUUGAUUUUUAAUGCUCAUAGAGAGCAUAUUUACUCAACUUUACAAAAAAAGCUGAGCUUAACUAUUGCAUAUUGUGUCUUGGAACCAUAUGGUAGAAAGUUUAAGUUUUUCUUUAUACAGCUGUAACAGAUAAAAUUACUCUGCAUCUAUUAAAUAUGAUUUUUUAUGGAGUGAGCUGAGUUGAGGUUAAAUCUCAUUCUACAAUAGUAGAGAUAGGUAAAUAUGCUUUCACAUAUGUGGAGGCAAUGCAGUUGCACUAUAAUGAGAACAGUUGGCUUGUGUUAUCUGUGUAUUCUUCCAUGUAAUUAAGAAGCUGUAGAAUCUCACAGACAGCAGGACUCCAUAUCAGUUGAGAUAUAUUUAAUUUUUUUUAUAAAAAGCUCGAACUAAGCAUGUAUUUGCAAAACUUAAAGCUUUUGUGGCUACUGCAGAGGGAAAAAAUGUGCAUGUAAGAGCACAGAGCACAGUUUUGUAGUUUCUAGGACAUAUUUGCCUUUUUCGUUAUCUAAAAUGAAAAUGAGACUUGAGCAUAUUUCAUGAGACGAGUGGGGACAGGUGUUACAUGGGCUUGUGUAAGAUAAGAAUUGAUAUAUCCUUUCAAUCAUGGGUCCAAAGCUCCUGCACACUGGGGAAUAUGAAAGAACUGUAUCCAGCACAGGUUGAGGACAGUGAUGCCUUUAUGUACCGAAGAGAAUAUUUUGAGCUGUGUAGAGCAUUGUGAUAUUUGUAAUGUGUCAGAAAGAAUGCGUAAGUAUUACACUUUAUUCAGUUUCCUUCUUCUUUUUUAAUAAUGUAGAGCUAAUCAUCUUAAAUUCCUCUCUGGCUGUUUAAAGAUGCUCCAAACUUUGAAAAAUUCAGAACAUCCUUAUUCCUCCAGUGGCUUUGUCUUACACUGCUGAGAAUAUGAAGUAUUAAAAAAGUAUUAAAUGAUGUUAUGUCUUGUGUGUGCUCAGGACUAGAUAAUUGGGCUUUUUGAAUGUUUUUAUGACUAAGAUGUUCUCACGAGUGUUGUAUUCCAAUAUGGUGUCCUUGAAUUUCUUUUUCUUUUUAAGAACAAACAAAAACCCCACAGAAAUGGCACCUUGUCCUAGCAGAUGCAGGGUUUUCGAGAUGAUGUGAGAAAGAUCAGAAGCUGUUGUUUGAUGGUUGUCUGGAGUCUUUAUUUACCGUUCUUGUUUUUGCAUAUCUCUGUUAUGUUUGGAUUAUUUAAAAUGAAGUUCAUAUUUUCCAUCAUAAUGAACCAAACUACAGGAUCACUGAUAUGAAGGGAUUAAGUAAGCAGGCAGCAAGUGACAUCAGUACAUCUCUUCACAGAUCUUUCUUGUGAAUCUGGAAGUCACUAGUAGGAAGCUUCUAAGGUCUCUCAAACAACACAACCUGCAUGCCAUCGGUCCUGUGUUUUUUAUGAAUAAAAUAGGAAGUAUGCUAACUUGGGUUUGAUUGUAUUUGACACGUAUAGCAGUGUCUUAUUCCAGACUUCAGCAAGUUGUGUUUAAAUGGUUGCACAGCAGUUGCUUUUCUAAAAUCUAAUCUCCAACUUGGUUUAACAUUUGCAGGAAAAUAUUGUAGCAUGGUAUUGCAAAUGCUGAGUUGUAAUAUUGUGUCUGGCAAACAACUAAGAAGUAGCAUGCUCUGUAAAAGUCUUUCUGCUAAGCCUAAAUGUAGCCACUCUGUAUGCAGUAAGAGUGCAGUGUCAAUGUAUGUUCCAGAGUCAGUUGUUUUCCACUAAGACACAUUUUAAUUGAAUCAUACAAAUAUAGUACUCAUUAGAUAUUGCAGUAGUAUUUGAUCAUUGUUUCCUUUAAAGUCAGUGUGAACAUCUUGUGCAAGAUGAGUGUUCUGUCAUCUGUCCUCAGUUUAGAUCGAUGUGUGUUUUUUUUUUUCUUUUUUAAUGGAAGUUCCUGCAAUCUCAACAUAGACAAAAUGUCCGUGGAGAAGCUGCUGUGAACAUUGUUCAUAGUGUUUUGAUUAAGGAUAAAGCUGUUAAGUGUGAGGCUUGUAAACUAGAGCUAUAUGUAAAACAUGACUGAAGAGUUUUGAGAACCAGUGUAAAUUUCAAGUGUGGUAUGUGUGCCACUUUAAAAAGCAGUCCUUGAUGGAUCUGAAUAUGAAUGCUUGACGUCAAGUCACUCAAAAAAUCCAAUGGGUUACUUUUUAAAGAGGCUAGAAACGCAGCCUUUAACAACUGCUGUCCUCAAGAUCUGUGUGAAAUGUCUGUACUAGUCUUGGAAUACGGUAUAUGCUGCACUUGUUCUGGGCAACACUUGCUCUGUGGGCUUUCUUCGUUGAAAUGUUUAUACAGAAUCUUCUUUUUUAUAUUAAAGUUUUGCAGAUUUAUUCUA